AUGAAAUUACUUCUACCGCUUGUAAUAGCUUUUCUUGCUAUCGCCCAAGUUUUUUGUGAAGAAAUUGGUCCAGAAGAAGAUCUUGAUUAUUGGAUGAACGAUCAAAUUACGGUAGGCAUGAUUUAAUGAUUUAAUGUAAAACAAUAAAAAUAUGUUUGGCCUAAUUUGUUGGUUAGAAUCGCCUAUUAAACGAAUUCAAAAAAUGUGACAUGGAAAAAUGUAUGAUUGCUUAACUAUGGGGAAAAUAAUGUUUAAUUUGAUGGCACAGCCUUGUGUUUUGUAUCACCAAAAUUAUUGAAUGGAAUUUCAACCAAUUUCUAUCAAAUAAAAUAAAUCUAAAAUAUUUGUGUGCUUUUAUAAAAUAAUUCACCUGUUUGGAGAGUUUGGUCAUGCGUAAUUACGCAUGUAUAGAGACAAAACAUCAAUCAUUCUACCCGCAAUACAAAUUCUAUGUCGGGUGAAAUAUUUGUUAUGAUUCAAUGGGCAUAAAGUAUGAGCUCUGAGCUAAGUGUGCUUCCAUCAUUACCUUAGUCCCAGACUGAAGCUCUAUUCACAUGUAGCGCACGUUCUCCCUUUGACAUUGCGGGUUGGGCGCCUGCCAAGUCUCCGGGCGUGGCUCUUGGGGUUUAUUUCUCAUAAUCUGCAGUCGAUUUGGGAACAUUCAGCAGGUUACGCAGAGCGUUUUAACAAGGCGGGUGGGCUAUACAAUAAGGAAGGAACCAACGGACCUGGGAUGUCUUGGAUAAUUGAUGGGUACUUUAAUGCGCGUGGUGCAUUAGCCAUUAGCAGCCGUUGGGCCACUGCUUAGACUAAUGCUGACCUGUAGGCUACCCCGUCAGAUAAAAAUAGGAUCGGAUAUGAAAGUUCACACGGGGUGUCUUUACUGUUUUAUAUUGAUUGCUCUGCGAGAUUAGAUCUAGUGCCAUAAAAGUGUACAAUAUUUAACGCAGAGGUACAGGUUGGUAGGCUAUAAGGGAGUCAGUCUCCCCCUCCCUCAUCCUAUUCCCUACUCUGGUGUCUAAUGUUCCGUUAAUUAGAUUUUCUCCUUCGUGCAGGACGAGUGGCUGUCAUCUGACCCAUUCGGAGAGAUACUGCGGAGAAUGACACGGAAACCGCGGCCGCAUCAGUUCUUUGGCCUGAUGGGGAAACGCUCCUCCGGUAAGACUGUGCUUCCUCGCGCAUCGCCCUGUCCUCACCCUUCACGCUCUAUAAGGCACUUUCCCGUUUAUUGAAAUUAAAUGGAAUGACAUUAUUUAUAUGCAUUAUUAAUGCGCUUAUUAAUUACAUACUGUAUAUCAAUAUCUUUACGCACGUUUUUAGCUUAUUCAUAAAUUCAUAAAUUAGAUAAUUAUAGGCCUACAUUGAUUGAAGUCCCCCCCCCCCCUUAUUCCAACAGCAAAUCCACAGAUAACCCGAAAAAGUAAGUGAAAAACAUAUAAUUAAUUCAUUAAUUCAUAUUUUUCAUUUAUCUUGGAGAACAUUUCCCAGAAAAUGUUGCCAAUUGUCCAUGCAUUCUGAAAAAUUAAGCCAUGAUUUAGUUAUAAUUCGUUUUUCUGACAUUGUGUUACAAAGGGGAAAGGACCAUGUGGACAGUGUGUAGGCAGGCAGGUGUAGCCAAUCAGACCAUUUCGCAAUGUUGGGGAAAAUCUAUUAUGAGAUCAACCCAGGUGAUGAUGGCAUUAUUUGCACAUUGGGUCAGGUGGACCAUGUGACAAGUGAUGAAGCUUGAUGACGUUAACUCCAUGAGUAGGAGGGAUAAGGGAUGCCAUAGGUCCUUCACCAGUACUCCUAUGUGGGUGAGAGGAGUUAUGCUAACCAGAGGGGUGACAGGGUGUGAUAGGUGGGGUGAGAAGAGGGGUGAGAGGGGGUGAGGGAGAAGACAGGCUGGUGUCACAUAUCAAGUGCCAUAGGCCAACAGGUCCUCAUUACCAUGCAUGGGAGGGAGAACACACACCAAAUGUUGCCCAGCAGUAAAAAACAACAAAAUGCAGGGGUUGAAUAAUGAUAUUUAUUUUUGGAAAAUGGUAAAUAAAAGUAGAGCGAGAAAGAGAGAGAUAGAGAGAGACCUGUCAAAUGUUUUCAUUAAAUCACAACCCACACAGCUAACAGGUCGUUUGACGGGAUUUUAGGAUGCAGUAGGUGGUAGUCUUAAUUCUGCCUUGAAGACCCCUCUAUUCCCUCGCUAGGAUACCUAGUCUUAAUUCUGCCUUGAAGACCCCUCUAUUCCCUCGCUAGGAUACCUAGUCUUAAUUCUGCCUUGAAGACCCCUCUAUUCCCUCGCUAGGAUACCUAGUCUUAAUUCUGCCUUGAAGACCCCUCUAUUCUCUCGCUAGGAUACCUAGUCUUAAUUCUGCCUUGAAGACCCCUCUAUUCCCUCGCUAGGAUACCUAGUCUUAAUUCUGCCUUGAAGACCCCUCUAUUCCCUCGCUAGGAUACCUAUACUUAAUUCUGCCAUGAAGACCCCUCGCUGUCUCCCCUCUGUUCAGUCAUUGAGGCAUUUCCUAAAUGACUCCCCCACACAGCGGAGGCAUCAAGUGCAUCAUAAAUACAUGUAUCUGGUGUAGACCAACGUUUUGCCGAAGCCUUGAUGCAGGCAUGACUGUACAUCACUCAUUAGCGGCAAGGAGAGAGAGAGAAAGUGAGUGAGGGUGGGAGAUAGAAGGAGAGAGAAAGAGAGAUGUGGAGAGAGAGUGAAGGAGAGACAUGGAGAGAGAGAGGGAGGGAGAGAAAGGGGGAGAGAGAGGAAGAGAGCGAGUGCUUCGAUCAAUGCCCCAAGGACAUUUAGGCGUUAAAUUAGAUUGGUUACGCUGAUGAUGGAAAGAUGGACCCGAGCAUCUCACCCUUCCAUUUACACAAACUGUAUAAUAUAAUAUAUACAUUAUACAGUAUAUAUAUAUAAUAUGAUCUAUACAUUAUAAUAUAUAUAGUAUGUAACACACAGUGGAGGGGCCAAGCACUUAUGAUGUCCAGGGGGAAAACUGAGAAGAAAUAUUGCAAGUGACUCGUAACUAGACCACCAAUGGAAGAUACACAUGAUGCCAUCGCCCCUUUAUGAUAAUCAUGAUUCCCAUAUCUCUGAUGGGAAUAUUGAAUCAUUUAAGUCAAUUGAUCACAUUUGAGUUUACUCCACUUAAUUUGAAUGAGUAUGUUGGAUGUAUGGACAGAAAGGGUAUCCCAGGGAUCUCACGAGGAGUUUUAUAACCCCAACACUCCCCCGUCUCCCCCACAUCCUCCCCCGUAUCCCCAUUCCCUCCACCCUUAUAUUAUAUUCCAUUAGUGUGAUUGACAGAGGCUGACAGAGAUGACAGUCAGUCUGGGACACAAAUGUCCCCUCGGGACGUGCAUCCUAUCCCCACCCUCUUAGGAAAAACAAUCUCCAACCACAACCCUUCCUUCCAAAACCUGUGGGUGGGCACCGCUAUAUCCCUCAGUCACUAGGGUAAGGGGACGGAGUCCGUCCGUCAAUUUGCAUGAGACUAGAGAUCAGUAGGAGGGGUGUAGAUAUUCUUCACACUCUCUCACCAUCGAGGUUAUACACUAGGCAUUGCAUCACUGACAACAAUUAUGGGUCACACAUUAUUUGGAUAGUCCCAUAUAGAUGAUCUACACAUGGUCAUACUAUCAACAAACUAUCUGUUGAUAAGCAACAGCUUGCUAAGGUUAUGGUUAGGGUUAGGUUUAGAAUAAGGUUAAGGGUUAAGGUUAGGGCUAGGGUUAAGUUUUGGGUUAGGGUGUAAAUAAUAUAGGCAGUUACUGGAAGAACUCACACCUUUUUGUUCUGCACACCAGUCACUACAUCACUCGCUGUCUGUAAUUGCAGUGUCAAUGGUAUUAGCUGUUACGGGAAGAAACACACCUUUUUCUCCUCUCUUCUCUUCUCUUUCAGGACAUAAAAUUAACUCAUUUGUUGGACUGAUGGGUAAGAGGAGCCAAGAGAAACCAGGUAAGGGCCUCAUAUUUACACUACUGAUCGAACCAAGCUGUUCUUAGCUGGCCUGGUUACAAAUCCACAAUAAUUGCUGGAACCGUGCUAACAAUGACAAUAUGAAAAUAAACUGUGCUGUGUUAUUUACAAACUUUCUCUUUAACUAUAGAUUCAUAUGAGUGGAACGCACUACAGAACUACGACAAGCGCCGCUAA